AAUCAAUAAGAUGAUUUCUCAUAAGAAAAUAACCAAUCCAGAAAGAUCUUUAUCUGAAUCGGCAGUUGUUGAAACGACAAUCUCAAUUAUUUCAAGUGAUAUUGACUCAUCACCUAAACCAGAAAAAAAUAAUAAUGAUAAUGAUUUAGAUGGUAGUAACAAAAUAACCAAUGAGGUUGCGACAUAUGGUUCGCUUUGUAAUUUUAGAGAUUUACCUUAUUGGUGUCAAGAUAAUCGUGAUAUAGUCAGUGGAUACCGAAGGCCAACAUUAUCAUAUCUCAAAUGCGCAUAUUCAUUAUUUUACAUUCAUAAUGAGUUUAGAGCCAUAAUAUUUAUUUGCCUUGCAUUCACAACACAUUUUUACGUGUUAUCAAGGCAAUCAACAAUCACUUGGCAAGAUUUUUUCGUGCUUUAUAUGUUUUUGGCCGGUGCUAUGGUUUGCUUAGGGCUUAGUUCGAUCUUUCAUGUAUUAUGCUGCCAUUCUGAAAGAGUAUGCGCUAAUUGGAAUAGGUGCGAUUAUAUUGGUAUCGUGUUUUUAAUUGUGGGAUCGCUUUAUCCAAUGAUAUAUUAUGGUUUUUUUUGUAAUGAUUCUUUAAAAAUUUUUUAUUUAUCACUUAUAACUGUUCUUGGAAUUGCUACGACAUGUCUAGCAGUAUCCCCAAAAUUUAGGUAUCCACAAUUCAGAUGGUUUCGAACAUUGUUAUUUUUAGCUAUGGGAUUAAGUGCUGUCAUACCAAUGACUCAUGCUGUAGUUCUUUAUGGAGUUGAACUUUGUUUUUUUGUGAUCUCGUUAAAAUGGUUAUUACUAACUGGCAUACUUUAUAUUGCAGGGGCAUUAGCUUAUGGAGCAAGAAUACCAGAAAGAUGGUAUCCCGGAAAAUUCGAUAUUUGUGGUUCAUCGCAUCAGAUAUUUCACUUGUUUGUAGUAGCAGCUGCAUUGGUGCAUUAUUAUGGUGUCGUGCAAUCAAUGAUAUACUGGCAUAAAGAAAACUAUGAAUGUUCGUUGGAUAUUAAAUCGAUGAAAAUUUAA